CCUCCCGCCUCCUUCCCGCGCGUGCGCGGGCCCCGCCGGCCGAGGGGGGGGCGACGCCGCUUCCGCCCGGCGCCAAGAUGGCGGCGCCCUUUGUCUGGGCCGUGUCACGGGCGGCGCUGUGAGGCCGCCGCCGGCCCCGGCAUGGCAGCCAUGGAUUUCCCCCAGCACAGCAAGCAAGUCCUGGAGCAGCUGAACCAGCAGCGGCAGCUGGGCUUGCUGUGCGACUGCACCUUCGUGGUGAAUGGCAUCAACUUCAAGGCCCACAAAGCCGUGCUGGCGGCGUGCAGCGAGUACUUCAGGAUGCUCUUCGUGGACCAGAAGGACGUGGUGCACCUCGACAUCAACAACACGGCAGGCCUGGGCCAGGUUUUGGACUUCAUGUACACCGCCAAGCUGAGCCUGAACCCCGACAACGUGGAAGACGUGCUGGCCGUGGCGGGGUUCCUCCAGAUGCAGGAGAUCGUCAGUGCCUGCAACGCGCUCAAGUCCCUCACGGUGCUGGCGGAAAGCCCCGCGCAGAGCCAGGAGGUCCCCGCCGAGACGGGGGCUGAGAAGGCGGCCGUCGAGGACACCGCGGUGGCAGCAGGAACGCGGGGUGAUUCCGACAAACCCAAACCAGUUCCUCCCACCCAGGAGGGCAAGGAAGAGGCGCCGGUGGCGGCCGCGGCGCAGCCCGAGGAGCAGGCGGAGCAGCUGGAUGUCAAAGAGGUCCCCGCAGAAGGUCAGCAACCAGGAGGUGCAGACAGCGCCGCCCAGGCGGGCCCUGCCGACGGCUUCCCCAGCCCCACGCAGCCCGCGGAGGGCGGCAGCAGCCCCGCGGCCGAGGGCGGCGUCCCCCAGCCCGCCGUGACGGGAGCUGCAGAGGCGGAGCUGGAAGGGAAGGAGGAAGAGGGGGAGAUGGCGGCAGAGGAUGAAGAGGAGGCUAAAAUCCCCAGGGAAGUGCAGCCCAAGGUGGAAAAUGGAGAAAAUGCCGAGGAUAACGAAUCGGGGAGCGCCGACUCCGGGCAGGAGAACUCGGGUGAACCCCGGCUGCUGCGCUCGGGCACUUACAGCGACCGGACCGAGUCGAAAGCCUACGGCUCCGUCACGCACAAGUGCGAGGACUGCGGGAAGGAGUUCACCCACACCGGGAACUUCAAGCGGCACAUCCGCAUCCACACCGGUGAGAAGCCCUUCUCCUGCCGGGAGUGCAACAAAGCCUUCUCCGACCCGGCCGCCUGCAAAGCCCACGAGAAGACGCACAGCCCCCUGAAGCCCUACGGCUGCGAGGAGUGCGGGAAGAGCUACCGCCUCAUCAGCCUGCUGAACCUGCACAAGAAGCGGCACACGGGGGAGGCCAAGUACCGCUGCGACGACUGCGGCAAGCUCUUCACCACCUCCGGCAACCUGAAGCGGCACCAGCUGGUGCACAGCGGGGAGAAGCCGUACCAGUGCGACUACUGCGGGCGCUCCUUCUCCGACCCCACCUCCAAAAUGCGGCACCUGGAGACCCACGACACCGACAAGGAGCACAAGUGUCCCCACUGCGACAAGAAAUUCAACCAGGUGGGGAACUUGAAAGCUCACUUGAAGAUUCACAUUGCAGACGGGCCCCUCAAGUGUCGGGAGUGCGGCAAGCAGUUCACCACUUCAGGCAACCUGAAGCGGCACCUGCGGAUCCACAGCGGGGAGAAGCCCUACGUCUGCGUUCACUGCCAGCGGCAGUUCGCUGACCCCGGGGCGCUGCAGCGGCACGUGCGCAUCCACACGGGAGAGAAGCCGUGCCAGUGCCUGAUCUGCGGGAAGGCUUUCACCCAGGCCAGCUCCCUCAUCGCCCACGUGCGCCAGCACACGGGGGAGAAGCCCUACGUCUGCGAGCGCUGCGGCAAGAGGUUCGUGCAGUCGAGCCAGCUGGCUAACCACAUCCGCCACCACGACAACAUCCGACCCCACAAGUGCACCGUCUGCAACAAGGCCUUCGUCAACGUGGGCGACCUGUCCAAGCACAUCAUCAUCCACACCGGGGAGAAGCCGUUCCUGUGUGACAAGUGCGGCCGUGGCUUCAACCGGGUGGACAACCUGCGCUCCCACGUGAAGACGGUGCACCAGGGCAAGGCGGGCAUGAAGAUCCUCGAGCCGGAGGACGGCGGCGAGGUCAACAUUGUCACGGUGGCCUCAGAUGACAUGGUGACGCUCGCCACCGAGGCACUGGCCGCCACCGCUGUCACGCAGCUCACGGUGGUCCCCGUGGCGGCCGCCGUGACGGCCGACGAGACGGAAGCACUUAAAGCGGAGAUCACUAAAGCGGUGAAACAAGUGCAGGAAGCAGACCCCAACACCCAGAUCCUCUACGCCUGCGACUCCUGCGGGGAGAAAUUCCUGGACGCCACCAGCCUGGCGCAGCACGUCCGCAUCCACACAGCCCAGGCCCUCGUCAUGUUCCAGGCCGACACGGACUUUUACCAGCAAUACGGGGCCGCCACCGCCACCUGGCAAACAGAGCAGGUCCUCCCCACGGGGGAGCUGCUCUUUCGCGCCCGUGAUGCCCCCCCUGAGCCCCCUGCCACCCCCCUGGCCCCCGUGCCCCUGGCCGGGGAGGGCCAGGCGCCCACCGAGUGACCUGCCUGCCCUCCCUCGCCUUUAUUUAAAGACAGCUGCUUGGAAAUGGUGUAAAAAGUGUAUUUCUGGAAGGAGAGACAGAAGGAAUAAAUUGCAAUAUUUUCUAAC